AGUGCCGUCACUCAAUGGUGCAGCAAGGCAGCGCGCGCGUGCUACCGCGGUGCGCGUGAUGUUACAAGUGAAUCAAAGCUAGCUGUGUGUGUGUGUGUAUGUGUGUGUGUGUGUGUGUGUGGGCAGGAGAGCCAGCGGUCACAGCAUAAUUAAUACUCACCAGAACAAUAUCACUCACUCAGCCGAUGUAGCAGCAGCAGGAUCGAAUAAAAAAGUCUGAGCGGAAAAACGGCGACGAACGGAGGCCAGACCGGGAACAGUAGCGCCUAUGACCGCCUCCCUGGUGCUGAACCCUCGCUGGCCAGCGGAAACGGUGAUGUUCGUGUAUGACAACAACCUGGACGACCUGAACAAGAACAUGGAGGGGCUGGUGGGAAGCGGAAACUUCGCUACAGCGGCAAGCCAGUGCCGCAACAUCAUGGCGCACUCCGCGGCCGCGGCGGCUCUGGGCGGACACCCAUCCGGCUUGGUGCAUUCCUCCGCUGGCUACCCCACAGUGGACGUGUCCGCCUCGGGAUCCGGUGAGACCGGCGCGUCUUCGGGGAAGCAGUGCGCGGCCGGACCGUGCCCUCCGCACCAGAGCUCCUCCGCCGCCACUGCGUUACCUUACAGCUAUUUUGGUAACGGUUACUACCCGUGCAGGAUGGGGCGGGGUUCUCUCAAGUCCUGCACUCAGGCGGCCGGAGCCGCGCUCAGCUCGCAGUACAUGGACACGACAGUGAACUCUGACGAGUACCCGAACCACCGCGCCAAGGAGUUCGCCUUUUAUCACGGCUAUCCGAGCCCGUAUCAGUCCAUGGCCAGCUACCUGGACGUGUCGGUGGUCCAAACACUCGGCACCGGGGAGCCCCGCCACGACACCCUGCUCCCCAUGGACAGCUACCAACCAUGGGCUCUGACCAACGGCUGGGGGGGACAGAUGUACUGUCCUAAGGACCAGGGACAGGCUGGACACCUGUGGAAGUCCGCACUAGCUGAUGUGGUGGCUCACCAGCACGACGGCUCGCCUUUCCGCCGCGGCAGGAAGAAGCGGAUCCCGUACACCAAGGUCCAACUGAAGGAGCUGGAGAAAGAGUACGCCGCCAACAAGUUCAUCACCAAGGACAAGAGGAGGAAGAUCUCCGCGGCCACAAACCUGUCCGAGAGGCAGAUCACCAUCUGGUUCCAGAACCGCAGGGUGAAGGAGAAGAAGUUCGUGGCCAAAGUGAAGCCCAGCGCGCAGUAGACACGAGCUUGACUGCACGUGUCCGCGAUACGCGGCACAUUCAAACUGAACUGAGAGAAACAAACAACAACAUCAAGAAAAUAAAAGACAUUCGACUGUGGACGACUGUGCGUAAAACACAGAAGAAGAGGGAAACCGAUUAAAUAACAAGGACAACAUGAGGUUCAAGUACAUAAUCAAAGUCCUCUGCAUGAACCUUUCAAAGUCAGAGGCUUCCUGUAAAUACAGCAUCCUCCUGCCUGCAUUCAUCUGUCUGUCUCUCUGUCUGUUUUACUGUUAGUCAGUGUUGUGCGUGACCAGUAUAGCCAUUAGAUAAAGAAACACACACUAUGAUGCUGUCCAUAUUGUUUAUAACGCUUGUAAACCAGUAAUCGUAAAUAAAUAUUUUAAUCCCCGUGUA